CUUCUCUGUCCGCCGCGCUCUCUCGCCGUUUAAAGGGCCCUGACUGUGCGGCCGCCCCUUGGCCGGCGAUGGCCGGUGUGUCUCAGAGGGAGGUUCGGAAAGCAGCGGAUCGCAGGCAGAAGCGAGCAGCGGAGGAGCAGAGGGCCCGGAUCAAACUGGUGUCGGCAAUUCUUCAAAAACCAGAAGAGCUACGGACAAAGGAUGACCUUGCCCUGCUUUCAGCCUGUGUUGACACUGUGCAGGAGUUGGAAAAGCGAAAGCAGAAGACUGAGGCACGGAAGAGGAAACUGGAAGAAGUCAUUGAUGAACCCGAAGAAUUGAAGAGAAAAAUUAACCUGCUGGCAGCAGCUAUUCAGGCAGCGCAAUAUUUAGUGAUCUAUUCUGGCGCUGGAAUCAGCACGGCUGCUUCCAUCCCAGAUUAUAGGGGCCCCAAUGGAGUAUGGACUUUAUUGCAGAGUGGUAGGACAGUGAGCACAGGAGACCUCAGUGAGGCAGAGCCCACACUGACGCACAUGAGUAUUGCAAAACUUUACAAAGAAAAGCUGGUGCAACAUGUGGUGUCUCAGAAUUGUGAUGGGCUACAUUUACGAAGCAGUUUACCUAGAAAAGCACUUUCAGAACUGCAUGGAAAUAUGUACAUAGAGGUUUGCACAUACUGCUCCCCUAACCGAGAAUACAUUCGUCUGUUUGAUGUGACUGAACGCACAUCACUACACAGGCACAAUACUGGAAGAAAGUGUCACAAAUGCGAUAGUGAGCUGCGAGACACAAUUGUGCACUUUGGUGAAAAGGGAACACUGGAGCAGCCACUGAACUGGAAGGGAGCAGCUGAGGCAGCCAAGAAAGCUGAUGUCAUCAUUUGCCUUGGAUCCAGUUUAAAGAUUCUUAAAAAGUAUUCAUGUCUUUGGUGUAUGAGCCGAGUUCCUCAUAAAAGACCGAAACUUUAUAUAGUAAACCUGCAGUGGACACCAAAAGAUGAUGUAGCUACACUCAAGAUUCAUGCAAAAUGUGAUGAUGUUAUGCAGCUGCUGUUGGAAGAACUCUGUCUUGAAAUUCCACGCUAUGAUAGGUCAAAAGAUCCGAUUUUCAGUCUAGCUACACAGCUGAGGCCUGGAGAGGAAAGCAGUCAUAGUCGUAAACUACUAACCAAGGACAGCCCAGGAAGUGUGGGCUCCACUGUCUCAGGUGGCUGGUAUGGCAAAGGUUGUGCAAAAGGCAGAAAAAAGAAGAGAGUCUAAUCAGGGAAUCAUGAUGAUCAAUGUUUACAUCUUGAAUCUUUUUCCCCUCUUUCCCCAUAUGAACAUCUUUGGAAGGAACAGAAUCAAUAGCAGAUUUCUGCAAAUCCUGAUGCCAGUACUGCAGUCAGGAGACUCUGCUGAUAAGAACGUCAUUUUCACAUGUCCCAUUGGUUCAGAAUACCAUCGCUACCUCUUGACAUGGGUACCAGUCAGUUACAGAUGAUCAGGCUGUUACCAGUGCAGUUGGACCAUUAACUUUCAAACCAGUGGGAUAUAAUUUUAACAUUGUGAUAUGUAGUUACUGACUUUUCAGUGUGAUGUGGAAUAAAAUGUUCCCAAGAAAUAUCUUUCAUAUCUUGCAUAGGAAAGUAUUAUAGGAUUGUGCAUCACUUUUAACUUCAGACAAAGUAUUGACAAUACACCAUUUUUGAUUAUUGUCCCCUUACUAUCAAUGAGAAUGCUUCUUCCUGUGCAGCCUGAACUAAAAGCAAUAUUGUAAAAAAUUCAACAACACAGUGGCUUGGAACAAUUAAUCUUCCACUGACUAUCAGAGAGAACUUUGCACAAUUAUUUUCAAGCCAUGUCCUCUAGGUAUGUAGCAUACAUCCACUCUUCUUUUUUUCCUGCAGUAAAAACACAAGGUCUAGAUGAAGAAGGUGCAUGCUCUAUCAGUUCUGCACCCACUUAAAAAAUAAAAAUAUCUCCAAUUACUGUUCUUCAUUAUUUGUGAAGAACUAAUGUGUAAGAACUGAGAAAGAACCAAGUGAUGUUCUAAAAUAUUUCAAUGCAGUCAGUUUAUUUAUUGUGCUCAAGGACCAGAAUGAUCUGAGCAGAAAAUCUAGAUCUAUUAUGGUAAAAUUGUUUUUUUUAAAAAACAUACAAAGUAGUGUAAUAAUGUCUCUCACCAAACUUAAUUAGAGACUUCCUGAUAUAUCAGCCUGUUUUUUUUAUUGGAAACUAAAAACUUGGUCCAACCAACUUAAACUUAAAAAGCACUGAAAUUAUAGCUGAGUGCCAAAGUAGCUUUUUUAAAUAUAAUAACUUGUGUCAGAAGGCAUUACUUGUACAAUUACAGUUUUAUCUGCAGAACACAAACUUUCAACCACUUUCCAUCAGUCAUGGCAUCAGAGCAGGUGAAGCAGAAAACCUGUUUUAUAGCUAUUAUGGUGCUCUGAAAGAUUAGUUUUAAAAUUUAGAAAAUAAAAAAGAUAAAUCUUGAGUAUAUUUGCACUAAAAUAUAUUUCAAUUUACAAUGCCAGUUGUAUGUCUUUGUUUACUUUUAUUACACAUUUGGACUACUUUGUGAAUUUUCGGUCACCACUUUUACACAGGGAUUUUUCUAAUGAUUGCUCGCUUUUCUAGUCUUACUAAUAUUUUUCAUUGUUAGAAAUCUCUGGUAUGUUUCUUUAUGGCUUACUGUGACGUUUCAAGCUAAGCUAUUGAUGGAUUGAUCGAUUAACAGCAACUUAUCAUCCUCUCCUAAUGCAAUCCUUGAUUUUUAUUUCAGCAGAUAACUGAUACUAAACCAUUAUCUGUAACUAUAUUAUAGGGAUUGUUGUAUGUAUUUCAUCAGGUUAAGCAAGGCACUUGCUAAUGAAAGCAAACUUUAAAGUAAUACAAUAAUAAAGCUAAUUUGCAAUGGGAGGCAAGGGUAUCCUUGUAGAAAUGUUCUGUUAAUAAGUAUGAAUACUGGAACAUGGGAACUUUUGGAUAACGUUUUUGUUUGAGAUCCCUAAUUCUUAAGUUGUGUUGAAUGCUUCUGUAUAAUUAGCCAAAUCCUCGGGUCCAACAGUAUGAUUGUCUGGAGCAUAAUAAUUCGCCUUAAUCAUACUUUCUCUUUACAGUAUGCUUUUUUUCAAAGAAUCUUUGUUGCUCAGCUCUCAAUUGUCCUUUUUCUUGUUCCAAAUUGCAAUGGAAAAAUUGCUGUUUUGGGAUCAAUUUCUUAGCCAUGAGACAACAUGGAAUGUUGUUUCUUAUUUUUUAAUACAAUUUAAAUCGUAUUUUACACUUAAACUAUAUGUGUAAAACGGGUAUCUUUUUUGAGCUGUAAAAUGGAUUGAGUGUUGCUAUCCUGGCAGUUAAGGAACAAAUUGAGAGUCAAUAUAUCUAAAGUGAUUUAAUAGAUUAAAUGGUAAAUAAAAAACAAAAUGCUGAAAAUGCUCAUCUUCUGAAAUAGAAACAUUAAAUGCUUAAAUCUCAACAGCGAGUGUAUUAGAUAUCAAUAUUCUGGAAAUAAGUGAACGGAUAAGUAUAAUUCGUUGACUGUAGGCACUGCAUUGACUGCAAGUAUCCUGCCAGUAAUCAACUGGGAAAAUUUGUAUAGUAUUAAAAGUUGCUGCUGUUUUUGUCUGAUUCUCUGGGUCAUUUUUAAACACUUCCUGGUGGGUUAACUGAUUCCGGCAAAACCUCAGUGUCUUCAUGCAUCUGAUAAUGCUGAGUGAAUUAACUUUAUAGGUUAAAAAUGAUCAGAAAGAGCUUUUGGCAAGGUUGGCAGGAUGAGUUGUAGGCUGAUAAAGAGUUUGAUAGAAUCCUGGCCUCUGUCUUAAUGCGUUUCUGGGUUUGGUUUAAAAAUGUUCGGCUUCCCAGCAUUAUCAAUAUAUGCUUUAAAAUAUGCAAAAACAAAAGUAAGGUUCAAAAUGAAUUAUAAAUAUGACAACUGAAUUGCUCUACUGCUGUAUCAUUGGUAAUGGGUUUGUCUUUCAUGUUUGUCAAGUGAAAAGGGUAAAUAUUUUCAAACGUGUGCCUACAGAAUCCCUAACAUAAUGUGUAUGAUGGGAUUUCAUUCUCCAGAAGCACGAAAACUGAGAUUGCUGGGAAAUGAACAUACAAUUAAUGACUUGCUGGUAGCCCAAUUGUGGUUGCACUUUAUUUAAUACAAGUUGUCAAUCAUAUUGCAACUGUAAAUAUCAUUUUUAAAUAAACUAGAGAG